GCUUGGAAUCGGUUGCCCAAAUCAGUCUUCUCAAGAUGUCGAUCUUGCUCGGUUUGGUGGUCGGUGUCCUAACCCUCUCCGCUUGGUGGCUGCUCCAAAACUACACCUACUGGAAACGGCGGGGUAUUCCCCAUGAUCCACCCAACAUUCCGCUCGGCAAUGUCAGCGAGCUUUGGAAAACGAUGCCGCUGGCCAGCAUUCUCAAGCGGACCUACCUUAAAUUCCGGAAACAGAGAGAUGGGCCUUUUGUGGGCUUCUACCUGUAUUCCAUGAAAUACAUCGUCAUCACCGACGUGGAUUUUGUAAAAACCGUGCUAGUUCGCGACUUUGACAAGUUCCACGAUCGCGGGGUGUAUCACAACGAGAAGGAUGAUCCGCUGACCAACAACCUGGCAACCAUCGAGGGUCAAAAGUGGAAAAAUCUGCGACAGAAGCUGACCCCAACAUUUACGUCAUGCAAAAUGAAGGGCAUGUUCUCCACCGUCUUAAGUGUGGGCGAUGAGAUGAUUCGGGUGGUCGAUGGAAAGCUCUCUAGUGCAUCGCAGACCCUGGAAGUCACCGACCUCGUGUCCCGCUUCACAUCCGACGUAAUUGGCAUCUGCGCUUUUGGCCUGGAAUGCAAUAGCUUGCGGGAUCCUAAGGCGGAGUUCGUCCAAAUGGGCUACUCGGCGCUGAGGGAACGUCGUCAUGGCUUUCUGGUGGAUCUACUAAUCUUCGGGAUGCCGAAGUUGGCGGUGAAACUGGGGCUUCAGUUCCUGCUUCCUUCGGUGCAGGAGUUUUACAUGAACAUUUUGCAGGACACCAUAGAUUACAGGGUGAAGAGCAAGGUGACUCGGAACGAUUUAAUGGACACGCUGAUUGACAUGAAACUGCAGUACGAUAAAGGCGACAAGGAAAAUGGACUCACCUUCAAUGAGGUCGCUGCCCAAGCCUUUAUAUUCUUUCUGGCUGGUUUUGAGGCGGGAUCCACCACCAUGGGAUUCACUCUCUACGAGCUGGCCUGCAAUCAGGAUGUUCAGGAUAAGCUGAGGGCUGAAAUCGACAGUGUGCUGGAGAAACACAACGGAAAACUAGAAUACGAUUCCAUUCAGGAGUUGACUUACAUGGAAAAGGUCAUCAAUGAAUCGAUGAGGAAACAUCCUGUGGUAGCCCACUUGGCUCGCAUUGCCACCAAGCCGUACCAGCACAGUAAUCCCAAGUAUUUCAUCGAGGAAGGCACUGGAGUGCUGGUGUCUGUCAUGGGCAUCCAUUAUGACCCCGAGUUUUAUCCGGAGCCCGAAAAGUUCAUCCCAGAACGCUUCGAUGAAGACCAGGUAAAGAAGCGUCCCACCUGCGCAUUCCUACCCUUCGGAGCUGGUCCCCGAAAUUGCAUCGGACUGCGAUUCGGACGGAUGCAGGUCGUCAUUGGGUUGGCCCUCCUUAUUCACAACUUCAGGUUCGAAUUGCAUCCCAAGACGCCAGUGCCGAUGAAGUACACAGCCAAGAACCUUCUGCUGGGCUCCGAAGCGGGAAUCCACCUCAAUGUCUCCAAGGUAGUGAGAAACUAAAGUGUUAUUUAUUUAUUUGUUUCCAUUCUUUGUUAUUUAAUUCAAUAAGAGGGUUCUAAAAUGUUUUUUUUAAUAGUUGUAAAGAAUCUUAUAAAUGUUUUGUUAAUUCAUAUUGUCUGCCAAGAAAUGCUUGUCACCGAAAGUAAGUCUUCUGCAAAAGAUUAUUCUUCUUUGCAGUACUAAAAGCCUUAACUAGGCAAAAUAUCACACAGAUAAUAAAAAAGAUAAUUUUAUAAAAA